GUUUGUAGCACUAGCAGCUCUGUUAAACGGAUUAUUAGUCAGCUGGAGUGUGAUAAAAAUCAUGCCUGCCAACGGUUCAGCCUCUGCUCCGGCCUGGCUGUCAUUCACCAUCUAUAUUUACUGAGCUGAGGGAUGAAGAGCAGAAAACAGAGGUCCGUCAGAGCCGGAGGCAGCAAAAAGAAAGUCCCCAGCGAUGUGUCCCCUGCCACCACCCUCCCUCCUCUGGUCGAAGGUCAGCUAAGAUGCUUCCUGCGGGUGACAAUAAGCCGGGUAUUAUGGACAGUUCAAAAGCCCCCGUCUGCAACAUUCGUCAGGCUGCGCUGGUGGGGAGAGUCAUCCAACGGGACACACUUUUUUCCGAGAGAUGGAUCACAGCCGUCACAGAAGACCAUCAAGACCACAGCUCGCUUCCCCAUCCGCUGUGGGCCAAAGCAGUUCACCUCAUAUCUUACAGAUAUGGGCUCUCUGGUGCUGGAGGUUCUGACAAAACCCGAUCAUUUGCCGAUUGCACGGGCUCAGGUUGCGGGCAUCUCUCGUCUCUCUAUGUCAUACCCCAUCGGUGGAUUUUACACACUUGUGUCUCCGACAUCUGAGAAGCUGGGAGAGUUACAGGUUUCCCUUAAUUUGGAGCCUCUGACAGAAGCUUAUGACAGCAGCAGCUCAGGUCCUGUCACAGAUAUCAGCAUUGAAGGGCCGCAAGUCACCACACUAACCGUGCCAUUGCAGCCCAGAUCACUUUCAGCCAGCAGUGGGAAAGAAUCAGCUGGGAGCAGCGGUGGAAACACACCAAGAGGGAAGGACCACUUAUAUUUCCAAAAUGCCCAGGAAGACAAAGGUAAAGAAGAGUCAGUGGAGAAUCAGAUGCCGAGAGCAGACAGAUCUCAGGACAAUCAAACGGCUGUGAAUCCUUCAAGUCAGGAGGCUUUUGGCCAAUCGACCAAUGAUAUCCUCUCAGUUAUUCUAGAGCGUGGAAACAAGCUCAGAAAUGCUAUGGUGGUAUCAGCUUUAAAAUGUGACAUGGAUUCUGCCUCUGCUCUGAAAGACACCCCUCUGCCUCUCCCAAAGGAUAACAUUCUGCCACCUUCCAAGCCCCUCCCUUCUCCCUCUGGGAUGUUUCUUCAAAAUAUUCUUCAUGCUGAUUCAGCUCUCAAACACUCUGAUGAUGUUGCUGUAGUCUCAGAUAGCAGCUUAGAUGGUCCUGUUGAUAUGGAUAACAGAGCUGUGGAUCUGCUCCUUGGAAGCUUGAAUACGUCUCCUCUGCCUCCCUGGGAUGGAUAUGGCUCCCUCCUUGAAUCUCUUUCUGGCCAUAGCAGUGUAUGUGGGGACAGUGAGCUCAAUGAUCCACAAUAUGAUCAGAGCCUGCUGGAAAAUUUGUUCUACAAAACUCCUAUGUCUGAUAUCAGACCAAAUGACACUGAGGUCGAGGGUCAAGGAAAAACGUCCUUGAGUGAAAAACAGCUGACACAGUCCGGACCCAAGAUUCGUGGAGGGCCAAAUUCAGAGGCUCAGCGGUCUGCAGAUGCUGGUGGUAUCCCUCCUGGCGUGAGUGCAGAGCAGUUGACUUUGCUGAGUUUGAUCAGGCUGGCAAGAGUGACCAUCGAUUCCCUGACUGUACCCACAGGCAGCGCAGCCACCACACCUAGAAAAACCUCUAGCAAAGGGAAACCUCCUCGACCAUUAACCAGCAAGAAGUGCACAUAUUUUAUCGAGUAUGUGUUCCCAACGGCUUCCACUUCCAGUCGACAUGAUCGUAGUAAAGGUGGGGAUGGGGAGGUGACCAGAGCUGUUGCCAGUAAUCUCACAGGAGGAGUGGUUAAAUUCCAUCAGCACUCUGUGUUUCCUGUCCACUUCAGUACAGCAGCAGUUAAAAGAUGGUGGGAAACUGAUUUGAUCUUCAAGAUUUACUCACGAAAGAGUAACCAAAAAAAACCUGUUCCCAUCGGCAAGGCAGUCCACCCGCUGCGUUGUCUGCUUCAGAGCAAGCAGUUGAAUCAGUCUGUCGUCUUGCCUGUACAGAGUGUGGAGGGAAACAGUGAAAAGCAGGACAUUGGACCUCUCAAGGUGUCACUAGAACUCGCUGCAGACAACAGAGAGUUCUCCACUGAAAAAAGUAAAAGCAAGCUAGCUCAGAAAGACACCUCACCUUCACAAACUGUACUCAGUCCACAGAGGGAAACCAGCCCCAGAUCUCAGCAUGUUGACACUAGCAGGGAGGAGCUACCAGCUGGCUCUUUUGAAGCUCCCAGACUAAAUGUUUGGAGUCCUCAGAAACCCUUGAAAGAACCCUCUCCCCAUCCUGGCCUCCACACGUCUCUCUAUAGAUCACAGCAGCAGCAGGUGGACAGGGAAUCUGAAGUUCUUCUGCAUACGAUACUCAUGGUGCCAGAUGGAAAGAACUUCAGCUGUGGGCCCAUGCAGGCUCCAAACAUAUACUUGAACUGUAAACUCUGGUGUGAUGAGACGGCAAGAUCUGUCAUCAGCUGGGGCCAGACAAAUCCUUCUUUCAACUUUGUUCAGGUGACUCCUGUGGCUUUAACGACUAAGCUGCUGGAGCGGAUGAAGAAUAAUGUGUUGGUAAUCGAGGUGUGGCAGAAGGCAGGAGGUUCAGGGCAGGAUCGACUCCUCGGCCUCGUUAAAUUACCUCUCCACCAGUUCUACAUGUCAUUUAGGGAUCCAAAGAUCGCCCACCUUCUUCUCCAGGCGCAGUACCCUGUUUUAGGGGUGGACAGCUACAUGCCAGUCAUCGAUGUGUUCUCAGGGAGUUGUAAAGGACACCUCAGGGUUGUUUUGGCUAUGGGCCAAUCGGAGCAGAUAGUCGCUCUCCAGCGCACGAGGGAUGAAGACUAUGACGCUGUGCCACAUCUCGUGAGACCUGUUCAUCUGCUUGAUCAUCAGCCUCAUUCACAAACAAAGGCGACUGCAGCACAGGUGGAAACUCUGAGAGAGCAUGUGUUUGUCAUGAGAGUGGAGAAAGUAAAUGGGCUGACACCUCUACAGUCCACAGUGUGGGGCGAGGCUGACUGCUACGUCCAAUACAGCUUCCCCUGUCAGGACAGUGACCCUGCUGCAAAAGUGGACCAAAACCUUAUAGAGAGUAGCGUGAACCUGAAGCUGUUUCGUACCACCACAACUCUGUGUGUCCCCGACCCAGUGUUUGGCCACACAGAGACUCAUGUGCUUCUGGCUCCUGACGGAGUUCCUGUUCAGAGGCUGAUGCUCAGUUCUCUUUCAAGUCAAGGCCUAAGCAGUGGAGGAGGAGUCCAGUUUGAAGUGUGGUGCAGAUACUAUUAUCCAAACGUUCGAGACCAGCUUGUGGCCAAAGGAAUGCUUCCGUUGUCCAAACUGUGUGCGAUGGUCACCAUGCAGAGACAACAUCCUAACGAGGCUCAAAUGUUCUCCCUGCCCCUGAUCCCCAGGACAGACAGUCCCUCAAAACAUCAGCCUCAGCCCUCAGGCCUGCUGGAUGUGUGCAUUCGGUACAAGCACCGACCAGUGAGACCUCAUGGUCAGACCGGUAAAGGAGCUUCCUCUCGUGUUGUAACACUCGAGGUUCAAGUGCACAGAGCAUCAGGUCUGCAGGCUGCAGCAAGGGUUGUAUCAGAGAAAAAUGAAAGAUUCAGCUACUUUGCUAGUGUGGGACUGAACACAUACGUCACAGUCCAGCUCUCCUUCUUGCCUGAGAGAGAGAGGAGGUGCACCCGCAUAGCUGCCAGGACCUUUUGCCCAGAAUUCGACCACCACAUGGAGGUGUCCUGUGAUCUGCUGGUUCAGAGGAGCAGUGGAGAAACUUGCAGCCUGGCUGAGCAGCUGGAAGAAGCUUCUGCUGUCUUCACUGUCUGGAACAAAGAUAAUCACAAAGCAGUACACACUCAUAAGCCUCAGGAUGUGAUGCUGGGCACAGUGAAAAUACCUCUGGUUGAUCUUAUCUACAAAAGAACAGGUAUCUCCGGCUGGUUUGGAGUGUACAUACCUCAGGAAACAAGUUCAUCUCAGCACCAGCACAUAUUGGUUGGAGGCCUCGAGAUCUCUGUCAAAUUUGCCCACCACUCAGACAGAGAAAGAGUCAUUAAAGCUGCUCAGGGUUUGAGCUGGGAAACAGCACAGAAUGAAAUGCAAGAUGAUGAAGAAGUUUGGGGAGACAGCAUGAGAAGAAUGUCUUUGACUUUUUCAGUGCCUAGAGCGUGGAUACCUGUCCACUGCUUGCUGCUGCCAGGCCUCGGUGAAAUCGAGCGCUCCACCUACUGUUACUUCAGGUACAAGUUCUACGACCAGGAUGCCUUCUGCUCCCAGAUGAAACACCCCUGUGUUGAGGAGGAAGGCCAGGCCACGGUGGCUUUCCAGGGGAGCAGAACUGUGGAGCUGAGGAGCACUCAGCCCUUGAUGUGGUAUCUUCAAGAGGAGCGACUGGAGGUUCAGGUGUGGGUCGCCUUUACAAAAGACAAAACCCAAAGGCCUCGAAACACAGACCGACUGGUUGGUUCAGCGUAUGUUGAUCUGUCCUCUCUAGUGAAGACAUCCAAACAGAAGCUCACACUAAGUGGAGUGUAUCCGCUGUUCAGACACUCAGCAGCAGAUCUUCAAGGGGCUGCUCUGAGGGUGCACAUUACCCUGACAGCAGGUUCUGUCCCGGCUGAAGUACCCGCUGCGGUUGACACCCAGAUGGACUCUGACAAUCAGGAAGAGCUCUUAUCAGAUGAGGUGGAAACAGCAGAUCGAGCCCCCUCACCCACUACACCCAAAAAAUCACCAAGGGGACACAAGAAUAAAUCCUCCGGAACAGCUACAGACAUCACAUCUGUGCAGCACACAGAAAUGAGCAUGGAUGAAUCUUUCCCUGUGACUGUUGCAGUGGACCAGGCUAUGCACCUGAAUCUGAAAGGCUGUCCUCUAGCAGAGCGCAGUGAUGGGUCACCAUGCUGCUGUGUCUCGUACGUCACUGCAGACUCUGCUGCACCAGUGUCCACAGCUGUCAUAGCCAACACUGACUGCCCUGUGUGGGACCAUCAACAUGAGUGCAGGCUUUCAAAGCAGCUGCUGGUUGAUCCACAGCAAUCUCUCGUGUUCAAAGUUUGGCACAAAGGAGAAACGGAGAGGGUGAUUGGAUUUGCGUCUGUAGACCUGUCCCCCUUAGUCUGUGGGUUCCAGUCAGUGUGCGGUUGGUACAACAUCACAGACUUCAGUGGUCAGUGUCACGGCCAGCUCAAAGUGUCCAUCACACCACUGACGGGGGUCCAAGAUCUCAGAGAGCAGAGAAAAACUGUGAAUGAAGAAGCUGCUAAAAGCUCGCCACAGACUUUAUUCCAGGCACUCCCUCUCAGCUACCAUACCACAGCCACAUACAGCAGCUUCCCCUCUCACAUCAGCCGACACACCGAGCAGAAGAUCUCGUCACCCGACCACACGGAAAGGCUGUUCUCUGAAAGGUCCAGUGAGAGUGACCGCCACUUUGAGCACAUGGACAAAGUACGUCUUUACCAUCAGAGUCUGCAGGAGCAAACAGCAGCUCACUCUGUUAAUAGCAGCAGUGCUGGUGACAUCAAUCCCUCCAGCUCCUUCCUGUUUUCAGCACUCAGGAGAAAACUAAGCGAGCUGGACAACAUCCAGAGAUACUUCAGCCGUAAGCUUUCAACUCCUACAUUCCCGCCCCUGAGUGAGCAGGACUGUCACACCCAGCAUGAGGAACAGAGGGACACAGAGACAGACACACGUCAGCUUCUUCUCAAGUCUAACCAGUUAGUUGGACAAGUCAACAGUAUCAUUAAUGGUCUACGAGGACCCCACCUGGAAACGAUUCCCUCAGACCACCAGAGCAGCUCGACAGCUUCCCUUGUUGAAGACAGCAACCCUCAAACCAUCCCUGAGAGAAUCUCCCCUCCACACAGAGCCUCAAAUUCUUCCCAAGAAGAAGUGUCUCCUCUGCAUUCACCACUACCAAAGAUGUCUGAAAACCAUACAGACUCUGAGCCUGAGGAGGAAAAGGAAAGACAAAACCACAGGGUUGCUGUGUGUGAGGAUGAAGUCGAAGAUGAAGAUGGGACAGGUUGCACACAAGAUGAGGAAGCUUAUGAUGAUGAUGAAGAUGAAGAUUACGAGGAGGUUGUGGUGAAGCCGAGGCCUCUAAAUGAAGUGACCUCUUUAACAGACAAAACCAGUCCUUGGACCAGCAUCCUGUCAGAACCUGACCUGGUUUCUCUGGAGAGCAUGGAACCACCAGAGGAGCUGGAUCUGAGCGAGGAGGACGAGGAGGAAGAGAGGAGCCAGAUGUUAAAUCUGCAAACUCAUAACUGCAGUGGGAAACACAAAUGUGUCAGACAAGAGCAAAGUGACAGCUGUAAUGGAUCAGCAGGAGACGCUUCAGACACGGAGCGAGAUGGUGAAAGGACACUACUAGCUUUAGAUGAAAGACAAGCAGACGAACCCAACGGCCUCGACGAGGGCUCAGCUGAUGGAACAACAUCACCCACCACACAGCAUGCCACAGAUUCCCAUGAUGCUUCAUGCUUCCUUGACAAUCAAGAUGUUCCACUUCAACCCUCAGCCCCUGUGGAGGUCCCCAAUUUCUUCCUCCCCUCUCACCAGCUGGAGGCAUCUAUGAGAGUCAUUCGUUUAGCUCCGUUUUUUUCCCAGACAGCCAGUGACCUGGGGCCGAGCUCUGCAGCUCACAGCGUUCCACAUCACAGAGGUCCCCGACAGCGUCCUAACCUAUCGCCAUCAUCCCUGAGGAAAGAGACUGAAAGAAUAGCAAAAAUAUUUGCAGCUCAUUUUGAUGACAGUCACUAGUACAUGGUGAUUUUGUUAGCCAAACAUUUGUACAACUCAGUGGUUUCAGAUCAUGUAAAUUAAAUGCAACAUUUUGUAUUUUUAUAAAUAAAUAUUAACUGUUUUCAACACUUGA